AGAGGCAAAGCCAAACGGCCCAACACUACUGAGUACUGAGAGAGUAGAGGAGGAGAGUCUGUUUUGGUUCAAGUUUUGUCUGAUAAAGAGGAAUUUAGGAGAAGAUAAUCCCAACUGCUAGUAGAUACACUGAGCAUUGCAAAAAUGAAUCAAGUUGUUGAGUUUCGUCUAACAAAUAUCUUCUUCAACAGCUCGAAUAGCCAAGUUUUCGCUUCCAUUUCUCUCAAAGCCCCGUCGGAUAAGUCAUGCUAUCAUCCCAGAAAUCUCACUGCGCAUACCAAAAAGAGACGUAGCAUCCAUCUCUCUCCACUCCCAGCACUUAGUGAGCUGGUUGAUUGGACUCAGCAUUCACUUGUACAAGAGGAUUAUAAUUAUGAUCGCAGAAAAUUUGCUGUGUUUCCAAAUGUACAAUCCCUGAGGAACUUCCCCAGGAAGGAGCUAUUUGGAAAAGUUGUCAUGGUCAGGUUUGAUACACUGGUCAUACUUCAAGGGAUGAAGGAUCAUAAACCGUUGCCAGAAAAUGCUUUCUCCACCAUUAAGUACUUGUAUGAUUCAAGGGCAAAAGUGAUUCUGGUGGGUAGUUGGAAUGAGAGUGCAAACCCUAAGUUCAAUGUAGAAGGAAGUCUCUCGACAAAAUCUGUUGCAGAUUUCCUGUCAUCCAUGCUUGAACUUGAAGUUGUUCCAGUGAAACAUGUUUCAGGAUUCAUGCAUUUAGAUGUGGAUGAUAGUAAAACACCUGGCAUUCUUUUGAUUGAGAAUCUUUUCUGCUUCAAGGGGGAAAGAGCAAACUGUUCAAAGUUUGCCAAAGAACUUGUUUCUGGGGUUGAUAUAAUUGUUAAUGAUGCCUUUUCUGAAUCUCAUAAAGUUCUUGCUUCAACAGUUGGCGCUGCUAGAUUUUGCUAUGCCUGCAUCGCGGGGUUUUACUUUGAGGAGGGCCUAUAUAAGCUGAAGAAAAUUAUCAAAAACACUGAAAGGCCCUAUAUGGCUAUUAUAGGUGGAGGAAAACUGGCAGACAAAGCUGCAGCCUUGCAGUCUUUAGUAUCUACAUGUGAUGGCUUAGUCUUUGUUGGAACUAUGGCAUUUCAAAUAUUGCAUGCUCUAGGAGCACCCAUUCCCAUGAAAUUUGUGGAAACUGGAGCUCUAGAAGAAGCUACUAGGAUAGUGGAGUCUGCAAAGUUGAGAAAUAUUCCAGUUGUUCUGCCUCAAGAUGUUUGGUGCAUCACGGAUCAUGUGUCGGAGGAGAUUCAGAUAGCUUCUGUUCAUUCUAUUCCCGAAGGUUGGCAACCUGUUGAUAUUGGACCAAGAUCAUUAGAAGAGAUUACCUAUUUUCUUUCAGAGAGCAAGAAAAUAACGUGGAUUGGCCCAUUGAGAUUUAGCCCUAGAAAACAAGACAAAGUUGGGACAUUUAAACUUGCUGAAGCACUUGGUACACUCAGCAGUUGCAACAUAACUUUUGUUGGAAAAAUGGAAUUUGAAGAAUCACUGGGGAAAUCAAAGUCUUUUUCACAUGAUAAUUUUCUCAAAAGUGCUGCAGUUGUUUGGGAGGUUCUUAAAGGAGGAAAACUUCCAGGGGUAUUGGCAUUGGAUAGAGCGUAUCCCUUUCUGAUAGACUGGAGUGUUGUCUAUGAUGAUCCAAUGAGACCUCUGAUUGUUGAUGUUGGAAGUGGUAAUGGUUUGUUUUUGUUUGGAAUGGGAAGGAGAUUAGAAGAUAUGAACUUUCUUGGGCUCGAAAUGAAUGCAAAGCUGGUUGAUCGUUGUCUAGAUGAUGUUCAUCGACUUGGCAUCCACAAUGUGCACUUCAUUGCAACAAACGCAACAUCAACUUUUCGGUCCAUAGUUUCCAGUUACCCAGGGGAUUUGGUUCUUGUAUCAAUACAGUGUCCGAACCCCGACUUCAACAAACCACAAUUCCGGUGGAGAAUGUUGCAGAAGUCGUUAGUUGAAGCAAUAGCUGAUAGGCUAGUGUGUGGUGGGAAGGUAUUUCUCCAAUCUGAUAUAGAAGCUGUCGCUAUGAGAAUGAAAGAAGAAUUCUUUAUAUAUGGCAAGGGAAAGCUUGCAGUUGUGGAACACUCGGCAUACGUGGAAACUAAAGAAGUAGGAUGGCUUAAGGAGAAUCCAUUUGGGGUGCCAUCUGAUUGGGAAAGGCACGUGUUAGAUCGCGGUGACCCUAUGUACAGACUCUUACUUUCUAAAGUGGAAAACAAAGGCUGAAGAAUAGGACAGUCCGUACAGUCUGUGUAUAUAUCUUGGAGUUUAUCUCGGUUAAGAAUUGGUGAGCUUGUAAUUUGCUGCCUGAGAAGUGGUCUAGCUCUCCUUGCUAGCAAUGGUCAUUUCCUGGACAGAGCCCCUCUUUAAGACAAGAAUCUAUUGCAUUGCAUUUGGCUGGUGAAAGUUGGCCAGCUUGCUGCUGAUUGCAUCUCCAAUUCAAUGAAAACUGCUUUCCUGCACAGAUUUACAGACUUCAACUUUGACGACACUGGAAGUUUCCUUCCCUCUUUCUUUUCCAUCAACUUUGAAGAAAGCUGUGCUCUUUUGAUUGGUUGCGAAAUGAAGAAUUUUGACCAAGCAUUUGUUCCUUGUGACCCAAAAAGUGUACUAAGACUCCUGUAAAAGAAUAUAUUGGGUUUAGAUUUAAUAGAUGGAUUAAAUAUCUAAAUUCAAAAUUUAUAUUCAAAAAUAUAUUUGUAAUUUGUAAAAUAGUACUUGGUCUGUUCCACCGAAGUGAAUCGUAUUCCUUU